AACUUGUAAAGUAACAGAAUCUAAUCCGAGAAACUAAUUCAAAAUAAGUGUUAGUGCAUUGCUAUGACAUCUUUUUGGUAAGAUAGAGAUGGUAACAACUAGGAUAGAAACAAAACCUGUGCUUUAAUUGGUAUAGUAAGCUUCUGAUGAGAAACCACAUCUAACAAUACAGUGACGCAGAUCGUGCCCAGGGGAAGACGGGUAAGGUAAUAGAAAGGAUUGGAGGGGAGUCAAAUCCAAAAAAAGAGGCAAAAUUUGUGGUGAAAGAGAGAGCUAUGGGAGCUGUAUUGUAUGUACUCCUGUUGUCGCUGCUGCUGUUGUUGCUGUUGCCAGGAUAUGGUUCCACUGAAGUCCUCACAAACAAGGACAGCCCUAGUUCAUGGCCCUGGCUAGCCAGCAUUUUCCUGGAUGAUAGGUACCGCUGUGAAGGAACCCUCAUCUCUUCAGAGUGCGUGAUAACUAUAAGCGAUUGCUUUGGAAGCUUUCCUCUUUCCCAUUUCACUGUGAGCAUGGGUCAGCGACGGCUGAAUCUGCACAAUGCUGAAGCCUUGUCUCUUGUUGAGGAGCUGAUCCCAGCCCCCAGGAGCCUUGUGGACAAUAGGCCUGGAAGUCUGGUUCUGGUGAAGUUAACACAGCCCCCUUCCAUCAGCAACUCUAUCUACCCCACAUCCCUGAUCAAGGGCCCCAAUUUUUUCCCUUGGAAGAGGAUUUGCUGGGCUCAGGGCUUAAAACCAGAUUUUGACCCUUACAUCCCACCUGAUGAGCUGUGGAGUGCUAAAUUGCCUCUCAUAUCUCCAACCAGUUGUCAACUCAUCUUCCAACUUCAACCUGACUGCCCCAGUCCAGAGAUAAGCAUGCCAAAUGGGACUCUGUGCACUGGCCCUCCUAUUGGUUCUUCAAAGAUCACGGUGGUGGAUGGUAGUCCUCUCCUUUGCUUCUAUGCUGGUCAGUGGGUGCUACUAGGGGUCAUCACCUGGGGACCUUGCUCUUCUAAUGGCCUCCCUGAAGUUUACAUCCCAAUUCAUCCCAUCAGCACUUGGAUCCAGGACAAAUUUCCUAGUGUCAGAGUUGUCAAGGAUUUUUCUAAAGCCAAGUUGAAAAGCAAGUGAAGGUUUUUGGUGACCUUUCUCUUUGGUCCAUUCUCCCUCAUGCUCCCCCUCAUAUUGUCAUGUUGCACUGCCCUUUUGGGUCUGCCCUUCUAUUCCAUUUUUCUUCUUCCUGAUGGUCACCCAAGCUUUGCUAUUGCAAAGUUCUACUUUUCCCCAAUUUAAAUCUUCAAAACUCAAAACCCAUCAUUCUACUACUCUUGGUAGAAUCCUAGAACCAUAUUUCAUGAAACAAGUAUCUGAAGUCAGAUCUUUCUGAUUUUGAGCUAUUCAUCAACCUCCAUUCUGAAUGAGGCUGAGGACUUUGCCUCAAUUUAAUCAAAUGACAUCGUUUUCUUGAUCUCAUAGGUCCUUCUGGAGAAAGGCAGGGGGGGUGCACUGAAAUAAUUCUUUUCUCUUUGCACAUCCCUUCCAAUCCCUACCCUAGGCUAAAAGAAAAAAGGGUCAUGAAAAACAAUACCCCCCAUUUCAACUAUUCACUCCAAAUGUUACUUCCCCCCAAUAUAAGAGGAAACCUGCAUCUGUACAUCUAUAUUUAUUCAUGCAAAUAAAAACAUUUUUUCUAA